AGAAGAUGCUGUGCUCUCAUGGACUCCAGUCUGCCCUCAGUCCAUCCAUGGACUUCUACUGGCCUGUACCCAGUCUGUUCUACCAGCAGCAUCUCCUCCACACAAACCUGCAGGAUCUGCUCAGCAAUCUGGAGCUGAUGGACAAACUUCAAGACAACCUCCUGGAGGAGACGGAGCCUUUCCAGAGCGGUGUGGCCGUGCGACCAGCGUCCCACCAGCUGGACCAACAGGGAGAGCGCUUUGCUGUGACUCUGGACACUCCAGGCUUUUCCCCAGAGGAGCUGUCUGUCAGACAGGUGGGCAGGAAGCUGAGGCUCAGCGGGAAGAAGGAGAAGAAGCAGGAGGACGGGAACGGCUGCUACUCUUACACACUCCAGGAGUUCACGCAGGAGCUGGAUGUUCCUGAAGGGCUGAACCCUGAAGCCGUCCGCUGCUGCCUGUCUCCAGACGGGAAGCUCCACAUCCAGGCAGCCAAAGAUCCAUGUGCUGAGGAGGCUGAGAGAGAGCUGACUAUCAAGAGGAGCCUGGAGGAGAAAACACAGCAGAGUGUGUGUUCACAGGAAGAAGACAAAGAGACACACAACAGCACACAGGACAAAGCUGCAGACAUGGACUGAUCCAGACUCAGUAAGAAGUGUUUCAUGUUGAUGAAU